UGUUUCUGAAAAACCUUUCCUCUUAAACAGGUGCAUCAGUGAUGACUGUUCACAUUUUAAAAAAAUCUUUCAUCUGUUCUUCAGCUGUCACGCUGCCUAUUGGAUUUCAGCUUGAGCCACAGUGAAGAAGUGAGGUGAUAACUAACAGCUAUACAGACAUGAAAGACAGACUGACAAACCUGCAUCAGGUGCAGACUGACUCAGAGGGUUUCAGCACGGUGGAGCUGGACAACCCGUUUGAGCAUCAAGCAGCAGCAGCAGCAGAUUCUGACCAGGACCUGGAUGGUGUCCUACAGGAGGCCCAGCAGAUACGUGUGGAAAUCCAGCAGAUCCAGAAUGACAUCAGUGAGCUAAAAGAUGUGAACUACCAGGCCUUAAACAAGACCACAUACCCCACUGCAACAAAGCGGGACUCUAAUGCAAUCGGGGCAGAUAUUAAGAGCAGGGCAGAGGGUGUGCUGCAGCGGCUGCACAGGAUGAACACUGUCAGAGCAGAACUGGAGGCCCAGCACGGCAGCGCUGACCCCACAGCACGUAUAGCUCGAACACAGUACCAGUGUCUGAGUAACGCUCUGCAGGAGGUGAUGUUCAGCUACAACGACACAGAGAUGAGCCACAGGGAGGCUUGCAAACGUCAGAUCCAGAGGCAUAUGGAGGUGGUGGGCAGGGAGGUCAGCGAGCAGGAGCUGGAGGAGAUGAUGGAGGGCGAGGAGUUGAAUGUAUUCAGCGUCCAGAUGGAGGGCAAAACGGCCCGCUCUGCUUUACUACAUGAGAGUCGUCACAAAGAGCUGCUGGAGCUGGAGAAGAGGAUCCAGGGGAUCCAGGAGCUGUUCCUGGAUGUGGCUGUGCUCAUAGAGGAGCAGGGGGUUGCUGUCGAAAACAUUCAGAAAAAUGUCCAAGAUACUGAAGCCACUAUUCAGGUUGGAAUCGUCCAGCUGGAAAGAGCCACUUCAACUGAUAAAAACAACCCCUUCAAGAAGAUGUUUUGUGGCUGCUUCCCAUGUUAUCACAACUAAGUCUGAUGAGGGCCACUGGGUUUGGAUCAGGUCCACUGAUCCAUGUGGUCUAAACUGCACUACAAAAUAAACAAACAUGCCUUUAA